GCUGGUCACGUGAAGACAGUCACGUGAUCACUGCACCUCUUUCGCAGCCUGUCCUCCGGUCAACUCGCCACACAACACAGAGGACACAAUGAGUACGCUGUUAGCAGUGGUCAUCCCCUUGUUAUUCAGCCCAUUGGUGUGGAGUGGAUACCUGGAAUAUGACCAAAAUGUCCUUGUGCCCGCGGACUGGACCCGCGUUGGUCGGGUCAAGCCAACUGAAAAGCUGGAGCUGACCUUUGCGAUCACUCAGCAGAACGUUGACGUACUGGAGGAGACGCUCAGAGUCGUCUCUGACCCUGACUCACCUCAGUAUGGUAAAUACCUCCAACUCGAAGAGGUGGCCUCCCUCGUGCGACCGUCCGACGCGUCCCAAAAGGCGGUGCGCGACUGGCUGCAGAGCCAUGGCGUCACAAACUGCUCGACGGUUCACACUCAGGAUUUCUUACAAUGCAACUUGACUGCAGAGGUUGCAGAGGUUCUGCUCCCAGGCAGCAAGUUCCAGCGUUAUCUCAGAGACGGUCACCCCAUUGUGAGGUCCUCAGCUCCGUACUCCGUUCCUGAUGAUGUUGCGCAACACCUUGACUUUGUGGGAGGGCUUCACCGCUUCCCGCCUAGAGGACACAAGGCCUCGAAGGAAAUGCGGCGGAGCGACAACACCUUUCACUUGGGAGUGACUCCUGCCGUUUUGAGGGCCCGUUACAAUAUGACUGCAGCUGAUGUGGGAUCAGCUCAGAACAACAGCCAGGCUGUAGCUCAGUUCUUGGAGCAGUACUAUAGUCCUGCGGAUCUGGCGGAGUUCAUGAGCCUUUAUGGUGGCAGCUUUCAGCAUCUGUCCAAGGUUGACCGUGUCGUGGGGACGCAGGGCACCGGAAAGGCCGGUUUAGAGGCCAGUCUGGAUGUGGAAUACAUCAUGAGCACGGGGGCCAGCAUCCCCACUUGGGUCUUCACUAAUCCAGGUCGUCACGAGUCCCAGGAGCCGUUCCUCCGGUGGGUGGUUCUGCUCAGCAAUAUCUCUGACCUGCCUUGGGUGCACACCAUCAGCUACGGAGACGACGAGGACAGUCUGUCUACUGCCUACAUGCAGCGUAUCAACACCGAGUUCAUGAAGGCCGGUGUCAGGGGUCUCUCCUUGCUCUUUGCUUCCGGUGAUAGCGGAGCCGGCUGCUGGCACAUGACUAAAGAACAAAACUCCUUCAGGCCCAGUUUUCCCGCCUCAAGUCCUUAUGUGACUACAGUCGGUGGAACCUCGUUCAAGAAUCCUUUCAAGGUGACUUACGAAGUAACCGAUUACAUCAGCGGAGGAGGUUUCAGUAACGUCUUCAAGAUGCCCGAUUACCAGGCCAGUGCUGUGGCAGGAUACCUGAAGACUGUAGCGGCGACGCUCCCUCCGAAGUCGUACUUCAACGUCAGCGGGAGGGCAUAUCCUGACAUGGCGGCUCUGUCGGAUAAUUACUGGGUGGUGGUCAACCGAGUACCCAUUCCUUGGGUGUCUGGCACUUCGGCGUCAACCCCGGUGGUUGGUGGGAUGUUUUCUCUGAUUAAUGACAAGCGUCUGAUGAAGGGCCUGCCUGUCCUGGGCUUCCUCAACCCUCGUCUCUAUAAGCUCAAGGGACAAGCUCUUUUUGAUGUGACCGAAGGUUGUCACCUGGCCUGCCUUGAUGAGCAGGUUCAAGGUCAAGGAUUCUGCUCUGCACCGGCGUGGGACCCGGUGACAGGUUGGGGAACACCAAACUAUCCAGAACUCCUCACGGCCCUCCUAACGUCGUAAAGUCAGUCACGCUCUACUGGAGAGGACAGGUACCAAACAUCUACACGUCAUUGUUGACGACCAUGACGACUGUCAUGGAUCGACUCACUCAGGUCUACAGAGGUUUUAAGUUCUUUUUUUUCACUGUUCCGCUACAUUUAUCCACGCAUUUCUUCCGUUUUCUAUUGUCAAUCGAAAAUCAGUUAACACUUUUUUUUUUUUUUUUUUAAAUCAAACUUCAACAUGAUUUUUUAUGUUUCAAUCUUGGGCUAUGUUCAAAAUGCAAACAACAAAUUCUACAGGGAUUUAGUCCAUUGUUUUACAUUCACUUGUAACCUGAGCCACAAUUUUCUGAAAACAAUCGUGUGGCACAAUUAUGGCCCAAACACUUUUUCAAUUAUUCAUUAUGUUAGGGAAUUAAUGUGUAUAUUUACUGCACUGCUUUUCAACAACUGUGUUUUUAGUGCAAAAAGAAACUUUAUUUAUACAUUUAUUAUAAAUUUUAGGGUUAAAUAUUAAAAAAAAAACUAUAAUGUAAAUUGGAAGGACUAAAUGAAUAAAUAUGCUAUCAUCUUUUUUAGCAUCAUUUGCCCUAAAUACAAAAAAAUCCAGACAAAGAUUCUGUCCUGUUGAUUUAAUUUUAAGUCGGCUGCAGCAGUUUACAGCCGUACACCAAACGAAGGCACUGGAAAAACAUUUCCAAAUGUUUGAUUUCUUUUAAGCCUAAAGCGGAAAAUCAAGUGCUACUGUCUAGUGGUGUGAUGUCAUAGAUUAGUUGCAAUUGUGCCAAAUGCUUGCAGUGCAGAAGGAAAUGCAAAUGAACCGAGCUGCUGUGCAGUCAUUUUUGUUCAUUGUUGGAACUAAUAAACAGUAUGACUUGA